GGCCAAGUGAGGCGGUGAUGCGGGCGCUGGCGGCCCCGGCUGCGCCGAGAGCGGAGACACAGGCUCAAGAUGGCAGAUUCCGACUGAGGCUGGGGGGGCCGAGCUCGCGCGCCGCGUUCCCUUCUCCGUUGCCAUGAACCGCGGACACCCCGGCCCCGAUGGCCCCCGUGUACGAAGGUAUGGCCUCACAUGUGCAAGUCUUCUCCCCUCACACCCUUCAAUCAAGUGCCUUCUGUAGUGUGAAGAAACUGAAAGUGGAGCCGAGUUCCGCCUGGGACAUGACUGGGUACGGCUCCCACAGCAAAGUGUACAGCCAGAGCAAGAACAUCCCGCCUUCUCAGCCAGCCACCACAACCGUCAGCACCUCCUUGCCGAUCCCAAACCCAAGCCUACCUUACGAGCAGACCAUCAUCUUCCCAGGAAGCACCGGGCACAUAGUCGUAACAUCAGCAAGUAGCACUUCUGUCACCGGGCAAGUCCUCGGCGGACCACACAACCUGAUGCGUCGCAGCACUGUGAGCCUUCUCGAUACCUACCAAAAAUGUGGACUCAAGCGUAAGAGUGAGGAGAUUGAGAACACGAGCAGCGUGCAGAUCAUCGAAGAGCAUCCACCCAUGAUUCAGAAUAAUGCCAGUGGGGCCACUGUAGCCACUGCCACCACAUCGACUGCCACCUCCAAGAACAGUGGCUCCAACAGCGAGGGUGAUUACCAGCUGGUCCAGCAUGAGGUGCUGUGUUCCAUGACCAACACUUACGAAGUUUUAGAAUUCCUGGGCCGAGGGACGUUUGGGCAAGUGGUCAAGUGCUGGAAACGGGGCACCAAUGAGAUCGUGGCCAUCAAAAUCCUGAAGAACCACCCGUCGUAUGCCCGGCAGGGUCAGAUCGAGGUGAGCAUCCUGGCCCGCUUGAGCACAGAGAGCGCCGACGACUACAACUUUGUCCGCGCUUACGAGUGUUUCCAGCACAAGAACCACACGUGCUUGGUCUUUGAGAUGUUGGAGCAGAACCUCUAUGACUUUCUGAAGCAGAACAAGUUCAGCCCCUUGCCCCUCAAGUACAUCCGCCCAGUCCUCCAGCAGGUAGCCACAGCCCUGAUGAAGCUGAAAAGCCUCGGUCUCAUCCAUGCCGACCUCAAACCGGAAAACAUCAUGCUGGUAGAUCCGUCUAGGCAGCCGUACAGAGUGAAGGUCAUCGACUUCGGUUCGGCCAGUCACGUGUCCAAGGCUGUGUGUUCCACCUACCUGCAGUCCAGAUACUACAGGGCCCCUGAAAUCAUCCUUGGUCUACCAUUUUGUGAGGCAAUUGAUAUGUGGUCCCUGGGCUGUGUCAUUGCUGAGCUGUUCCUGGGCUGGCCGCUCUAUCCAGGAGCUUCUGAGUAUGAUCAGAUUCGGUAUAUUUCACAAACACAGGGUCUGCCAGCUGAAUAUUUAUUAAGUGCAGGGACAAAGACAACUAGGUUUUUCAACCGUGACACAGACUCACCGUAUCCUUUGUGGAGGCUGAAGACACCAGAUGACCAUGAAGCAGAGACGGGGAUUAAGUCGAAAGAAGCGAGAAAGUACAUUUUCAACUGUUUAGAUGAUAUGGCCCAGGUGAACAUGACAACGGAUUUGGAAGGGAGUGACAUGUUGGUGGAGAAGGCAGACCGGCGGGAGUUCAUCGACCUGUUAAAGAAGAUGCUGACCAUAGAUGCUGAUAAGAGAAUCACUCCAAUUGAAACCCUGAACCACCCCUUUGUCACCAUGACGCACCUACUCGAUUUUCCCCACAGCACACACGUCAAAUCAUGUUUCCAGAACAUGGAGAUUUGCAAGCGUCGGGUGAAUAUGUAUGACACCGUGAACCAGAGCAAGACCCCUUUCAUCACGCAUGUGGCCCCCAGCACGUCCACCAACCUGACCAUGACUUUCAACAACCAGCUGAACACUGUCCACAACCAGGCUCCCACCUCCACCAGUGCCACUAUUUCCUUAGCCAAUCCCGAAGUCUCCAUACUAAACUACCAAUCUGCACUCUACCAGCCCUCAGCGGCGUCCAUGGCUGCAGUGGCCCAGCGGAGCCUGCCCCUGCAGACGGGAACAGCCCAGAUCUGUGCCCGGCCUGACCCCUUCCAGCAAGCUCUCAUCGUGUGUCCGCCCGGCUUCCAAGGGCUGCAGGCCUCUCCCUCUAAGCACGCUGGCUAUUCCGUGCGAAUGGAGAAUGCGGUUCCCCUCGUCACUCAAGCCCCGGGAGCACAGCCCCUUCAGAUCCAACCAGGUCUGCUGGCCCAGCAGGCCUGGCCAAGUGGGACCCAGCAAAUCCUGCUUCCCCCAGCAUGGCAGCAGCUGACCGGAGUGGCCACUCACACAUCAGUGCAGCACGCGACUGUAAUUCCCGAGACCAUGGCAGGCACCCAGCAGUUGGCCGACUGGAGGAACACCCACGCUCACGGCAGCCAUUACAAUCCCAUCAUGCAGCAGCCUGCGCUAUUGACUGGUCAUGUGACCCUUCCAGCAGCCCAGCCCUUAAAUGUAGGCGUGGCCCACGUGAUGCGGCAGCAGCCAACCAGCACCACCUCCUCCCGGAAGAGUAAGCAGCACCAGUCCUCUGCAAGAAACGUCUCCACCUGUGAGGUGUCCUCCUCGCAGGCCAUCAGCUCCCCUCAGCGGUCCAAGCGCGUCAAGGAGAACACGCCUCCGCGCUGCGCCCUGGUGCACAGCAGUCCCGCCUGCAGCUCCUCCGUCACGUGCGGGUGGGGCGACGGGGCGUCCAGCACCACCAGGGAGCGGCAGCGGCAGACGAUCGUCAUUCCCGACACCCCCAGCCCCACGGUCAGCGUCAUCACCAUCAGCAGCGACACGGACGAGGAGGAGGAACAGAAGCAUGCGCCCACCAGCACUGUCUCCAAGCAGAGAAAAAACGUCAUCAGUUGCGUCACGGUCCACGACUCUCCCUACUCCGACUCCUCCAGCAACACCAGCCCCUACUCCGUGCAGCACCGCACUGGGCACCACGCCAACACCUUUGACACCAAGGGGAGCCUGGAGAAUCACUGCACUGGGAACCCCCGGACUAUCAUCGUGCCACCCCUAAAAACCCAGGCCAGCGAAGUGUUGGUGGAAUGUGAUAGCCUGGGGCCAGUCAACACUGGCCAGCACUCGUCCUACAAGUCCAAGUCCUCCAGCAACGUGACCUCCACCAGCGGUCACUCUUCAGGGAGCUCAUCCGGAGCCAUCGCCUACCGGCAACAGCGGCCGGGACCGCAUUUCCAGCAGCAGCAGCCUCUCAAUCUCAGCCAGGCUCAGCAGCACAUCACCGCAGAGCGCGCCGGGAGCCACCGCCGGCAGCAGGCCUACAUCACUCCCACGAUGGCUCAGGCCCCGUACUCCUUCCCGCACAACAGCCCCAGCCACGGCACUGUGCACCCCCACCUGGCCGCAGCUGCCGCCGCAGCCCACCUCCCCACCCAGCCCCACCUCUACACCUACACGGCGCCCGCGGCCUUGGGCUCCACCGGCACCGUGGCCCAUCUGGUGGCCUCCCAAGGCUCAGCACGGCACACCGUGCAGCACACUGCCUACCCGGCCAGCAUCGUCCAUCAGGUCCCCGUGAGCAUGGGCCCCCGGGUCCUGCCCUCGCCCACCAUCCACCCGAGUCAGUAUCCAGCCCAGUUUGCCCACCAGACCUACAUCAGCGCCUCUCCAGCCUCCACCGUCUACACUGGAUACCCACUGAGCCCCGCCAAGGUCAACCAGUACCCUUACAUAUAAACACUGGAAGGGGAGGGGAGGGGAGGGAGGAUGGCCAGAGGGGAGGAGGGAGGAGGG